AUGAUCCUUGUCCACAAACAACAAUUUCCGUUAUCUUCUCCAUAUGCUCAUCACAGGCGGCAUCCGUCCGCACCUCCUGCCGUCGUCGUUCAACCGACUAAGAUUCCAGGCCUCUUAUCACUCUCGAAGCCUGUACAACGACAACUGCCUUCACUGCCGAGGCACCGCCCAUCGCCAAAGUCGAAGCAGGUUCAGCAGAGCCCUUCGCCGAGGGCAACGCCGGCGCCAGAAGCGACUUCAGUUCUGAAGCCUUCGCCGGAGAUUCUGGCCAACAAGUCCACUUCGGCUAAUGCGAGAGGUCGUCUGCAUUCAAAGCCCAAAGAGAAGCUAACAACAAGGAGCAAUUCUCAUUCCGCGGUACGGGGUCGACGAAACAACACUCGUCAACAAUCACCACCUCUUCCUACCUCGCAGGCUGAGGUUCCUCCUUCCCCGACGUAUAAAUCCAAUAGUUCGAACCCUUUCGAUCCGUUCUUGGAUGAUUCCAAAGUUCGCUCCAAGUUCACUCAUCCGGCAUCCAUACCUACCCUAGCAACCCAUCCUUCAGGCAAGCUUGCUCGUCGAAGACAACCGAAUCUUCCCUUCAACUCUACCAAAUCGAAUACUCCUUCCAAGGCUAUUCCUGUACCCCGCAGCUUCAAUUCGGUCGGUGCCAAUUUGUCUCGAUCGGAGCCUAGCUCUUCCAACGUUCGCCCUCGUAGAGGCAACCCUUUUCCCGCUGGAGACCCGUUCCCAAUUUGUGAUGACUUGACUGACACGGAAGAUGACACAGAUGACUCGACUCCUCCGGUUACGCCUACACGUGCUCGUGCAGCUCCUCGCUUCAAUUUGGGCCUUGGUGAUGGACCUCGUACUGCUCCUAUCACUGCUUCGUCCUCUGGGUUUCCUUUCAGUGUUUCUUCUACGCCCAGUCCCGUGGGUAGAAAGACGGUCAGGACGCACCAUCGAGUUCCUAGUGAAGGCAUAUUUGCUAUGUCUUCUGACGAAGAGUCCAUUACUCAUCGUGCUGCCAACGGGCCCGAUAUUGACUUGAAGGCGCUACUCCGUCUGGCUGCAAAGCGUUUGCCAUUGUCGGACGAGUCCGAGCAGGAACGAGAAGCCGCCGCUGCUGCUGCUGCUGCGUACUUCGCGAGCUCCAACUUCCAGAACUCUCCUAGCCCCGAGGAACUACCUCCUCCUUCGUUUGCUUUUGUCUAA